CGACCCUAAGCUCGCUAAACUUUUCUUUGCUGCCAUUGAGGUAACUUCACCCUUCUGUUCAUUACCUGGCAGAGUCAGUUACCAAAAAAAUUGCUCAUAUUGCGACAUUUCUCCUUCGAAGAGUUCGUCGGUCAGUCUGGACUCCUGCAAAGGAUAUCUGGGUAAUCUUAACGGUGGCGCAAGUGAGAGGUGCAAUUUUUGGCAGCUCAGCCCUGCUGAGUCGGAAGGUUUCUGGUAGUUCCCACUCAUAAUGUCUCAUCUAUCAUCGUACCCUCCUUCUGGGCCAGGGCCUUCCAACUCCUACGCACGGUCGCCGCCACCAACGACGAUGUACGGUACCAAUAACGUUGGCAAUAGCUCCUUUCCUUUCCAAUAUGGGGGAUCCGUUCCAACUCAUAUGAACCCACCAAUGAGUGGUCGCGGACGUGGCUCAUAUAGUCAUCACGCUUCCAUGAGAGGUGGCCAUAAUGCACAGAAUUAUUCACCCCAUCAUCCGCCUUCAUUUGCGCCACAAUCCCCUUCUUCCAUCCAGACCCAUAAUUCGAUACCUCGUCAGUCCGGUCCAUACCCUCCGAGCUAUCCUCCUUCGUAUACAUAUCCCCGACCACCUCCUGAGGUUUACCCCCAACAGUGGCAGACACAGCAACCCCUUUCACCUCUCCCCAAACAGCUUUCGAUGCCGCCGCCUAAAGACAGUGUCAUUCCGGUUUCUUCACAGCCUACACAUAUACCGCAAAUCGACUCGACUACUGAUGAUACGCAUCCUGAUGUCCAUUCGCCACCACCAACGUCUCCCACGGCGUUGCCUCGCACACCAUCCUCACCUCUGACUAACGCGCAGCUAGUGUCCCCUUGUAGUCCAGCAUCAGUCUCUUCUCCAAGUAUCCCAUCGCAAAGGUCACCGAAUGCAUUACCGGAGUGGGUCAUCUGGUCUAAACGCCCUCACGACCCUUCCAAUGCUCCGGGAAUUAUUUUCUCACCUAGAGCUAACCCUCCGGCUCAUAUUGUCCGCGAUGCCCUCCCGAUUCUUCCUCCACCAGAAGCGCCACCGGUAACUUUGGUAGCAGUUCCGUCGCAACCGGUGUUAUCACCUGAGGAAAACAGAGAUGAGAACCUUAAUGAUGAAGCAAGCGAUGGUUUACAUCAGGACUCGUCCUCGUCAUCUUCUCAUGCUUCAACCGUGCCAUCCUCCUCGGCCACAGAAAUAACAGAUACGCCUAUCCUCCCAGGGUCUCCCGUGUCCUCAAAUACAUCCGUAUCACAAUCCGAUACACCUAAUAGCGUGAAGCUCUUAGAAAUUGCUGAUCCCAGUGAAGCAUUUUCGUCAACUGCUAUAGUAGAUACCGUAGUUCCUUCUCCGGCGAAUAUUACCCCUGCCCCUGUCAAAAAGUCGUGGGCGUCACUACUUCAGACACCGCCUUCAACCGGUUCUUCGACGUCAAAAAAUGCCCUACCGACUUCAUCUGUUAUUGGGUUCUCAAUACCAGCAUCUGCACUAGUCCCUGUCCCACCUAGCAAAAAGCCUGACCUCAUUGCCCUCCUCAUGACAGGGCCAACGGCUAAAAAUGCUCCUAGUACGAGCAAACUUAGACCACGAGGUCUCAUCAAUACGGGCAACAUGUGUUUCGCCAACUCCGUCCUACAGAUUCUGCUCUACUGUCCACCAUUUUUCAGGCUCUUCUACGAGCUCGGCAAGUUGGUUGGCAGCGGGGCUAAGAUAUUGGCCGAGGCUCAUCUGACGGAGGCCACCAUGACAUUUCUCAAAGAAUUCUUCGAGGAUGAGAAAGAAAACGAAAAAGAACCAGGUACUUCUAUUGACAAGCAGGGGAAAGGCAAAGAAAAGAUGUUGGCCAACGAUGAUGAUUGCGAGAGGGAAUCCUUCAUUCCGACAUAUAUCUAUGAUGCUCUGAAAGAAAAGAAGCGGUUCGACAACAUGCGGGGCGGACAUCAAGAGGAUGCGGAAGAAUUUCUUGGAUUUUAUCUGGAUACCCUGGAGGAAGAACUGCUGUCUAUCCUUCAAUCGGUAAUCACUCAGAAUGACUUGGGUCGCUCUCUGAUGGAGGAGAAAGAGGAGACCGCCCUGCCUCAAGAUGACGGGUGGCUUGAAGUUGGUAAACGGAACCGCUCCGUCGUAACCAGAACGAUCAAAAAUACAGAAUCUCCCAUAACGCGAGUCUUUGGAGGCAAAUUCCGGUCGACACUACGUGCGCCAGGGCAAAAAGACUCGGUCAUAAUAGAAGAUUGGAGGGCUAUCCGCCUCGACAUACAGCCAGAUCACAUACACAAGAUAGAAGACGCGCUAUCUUACAUCUCUCACCCUCAAUCUAUUCAAAUGUCGCUUCCCACUCGACCAGGCGUUGUUGUGGAAGCGAGUCAGCAGGUGCUAAUCGAAGCUUUGCCACCGAUUCUCAUCCUGCACAUCAAACGAUUCCACUUCGAUACCGAGUUCGGUGGCGUCAUGAAGGUGGGAAAGCAAGUGAGGUUUGGGCCCGAGCUUGAGAUUGGACCUGAACUUAUGUCACCUACUGUUCGGAAAGCUCAGUCUGUGAGGUAUAGAUUGUUCGGUGCCGUGUACCACCAUGGAGUGUCUGCCUCUGGUGGUCACUACACUUUGGAUGUACUGCACCCACAUCGGUACCCCAGUUUUAGCCCGAAUGUGAAACCUCGAGAAGGCUGGAUUCGUAUAGAUGAUGAAUUGGUGUCAGACGUUCGAAAUGAGGAUGUCUUUGAUGCGUGGGAUCGGGAUGAUGCUCGGACGGCAUACCUUUUGUUCUAUCGCAGAGUUCGGUAGUCAUAUGUUGCUGUUGUUGGUAGUCGACACCAAUGUAUUCUCUAUAAUAAUGCUAUAUACGCACUGCGAAAAACUGCGUUGAAU